CGCUCACCCCGCGGGCGGAGCAGCCGCGGCGGGGCCCGGGGCCGGGAUCCUCCUCCCGCUCCCUACGCGCCGCUCCGACGUCAGGCGCGGGAGCGGGAGGCAGCGCCCAGCCGCCGCCGUUGCCAGAGACUCGGCUGCCGCCGGACGGGGCGGACGUCGGGGCGGCGAUUCCCGGCGCGGCCCGGCUGCCGGCAGGGGGGUGGAGAGGAGGGCGCUAUGGCCGACGUGUUCCCGGGCUCCGAGCCCGGCGCGGCCCCGGACGCGGCGCGGCGCUUCGCUCGCAAGGGGGCCCUGAGGCAGAAGAACGUGCACGAGGUGAAGGAGCACAAAUUCAUCGCGCGCUUCUUCAAGCAGCCCACCUUCUGCAGCCACUGCACCGACUUCAUCUGGGGAUUUGGGAAACAAGGAUUUCAGUGCCAAGUUUGCUGUUUUGUGGUUCAUAAGAGAUGCCAUGAGUUUGUUACCUUCUCUUGUCCCGGGGCUGACAAGGGACCUGACACCGAUGAUCCCAGAAGCAAGCACAAAUUUAAGAUCCACACGUAUGGGAGCCCCACCUUUUGUGACCAUUGUGGGUCGCUGCUUUAUGGGCUUCUGCACCAAGGGAUGAAAUGUGACACCUGUGACAUGAAUGUUCAUAAGCAAUGCGUAAUAAACGUCCCAAGCCUGUGCGGCAUGGAUCACACGGAGAAAAGAGGAAGGAUUUAUCUGAAAGCUGAAGUCACUGGUGACAAACUGGAAGUAACAGUGCGAGAAGCAAAAAACCUAAUUCCCAUGGAUCCAAAUGGACUUUCCGAUCCUUACGUUAAACUGAAGCUGAUCCCAGAUCCUAAGAAUGAAAGUAAACAGAAAACAAAAACCAUCCGUUCUACUUUGAACCCAGACUGGAAUGAGUCGUUCACAUUUAAAUUAAAACCUACAGACAAAGAUCGACGGUUAUCCGUAGAGGUCUGGGACUGGGAUCGAACAACCAGAAAUGAUUUCAUGGGAUCUCUUUCAUUUGGGGUGUCAGAGCUUAUGAAAAUGCCAGCCAGCGGAUGGUACAAGCUGCUGAACCAAGAAGAAGGUGAAUAUUAUAAUGUUCCAAUUCCAGAUGCUGAUGAAGAUGGAAAUGCAGAGCUCCGACAGAAGUUUGAGGACUGUCAUGUAAAUAACCACUUCUUCAAGAAAGCCAAACUGGGGCCAGCUGGUAACAAAGUCAUUACUCCAACAGAAGACAAGAACUCAAGUGUGCCGUCCAACAACCUGGACAGGGUGAAGCUGACAGAUUUCAACUUUCUCAUGGUUCUUGGAAAGGGCAGCUUCGGGAAGGUGAUGCUGGCGGACAGGAAGGGGACGGAGGAGCUCUAUGCAAUCAAAAUACUGAAAAAAGAUGUGGUGAUUCAGGAUGAUGAUGUUGAAUGUACAAUGGUUGAAAAACGAGUCCUGGCAUUGCAAGAUAAACCACCGUUCCUGACACAGCUUCACUCUUGUUUCCAAACAGUUGACCGUCUGUAUUUUGUAAUGGAGUACGUGAAUGGUGGUGAUCUCAUGUAUCACAUUCAGCAAGUAGGAAAAUUUAAGGAGCCGCAAGCAGUGUUCUAUGCAGCCGAGAUCUCAGUUGGGUUGUUCUUUCUCCAUAACAGAGGGAUUAUUUAUAGAGAUCUGAAAUUAGAUAACGUGAUGUUGGAUUCAGAAGGACACAUUAAAAUUGCUGAUUUUGGAAUGUGCAAAGAACAUAUGUUAGACGGAGUAACAACCAGGACCUUCUGUGGCACCCCAGACUACAUUGCACCAGAGAUUAUUGCUUACCAGCCCUAUGGGAAGUCUGUGGAUUGGUGGGCGUACGGAGUGCUGCUCUAUGAGAUGUUGGCUGGCCAGCCUCCAUUCGAUGGCGAAGACGAAGAUGAACUUUUCCAGUCCAUAAUGGAGCAUAAUGUUUCCUAUCCAAAAUCCCUGUCCAAAGAAGCUGUCUCCAUCUGCAAGGGGCUAAUGACUAAACAUCCCGCAAAACGCCUUGGCUGUGGCCUUGAAGGUGAAAGAGACAUCAGGGAACAUGCUUUCUUCAGGAGGAUUGACUGGGAAAAACUGGAAAACAGAGAGAUUCAGCCACCUUUCAAACCUAAAGUGUGUGGCAAGGGUGCCGAAAACUUCGACAAAUUCUUUACACGAGGACAGCCGGUGUUAACACCUCCGGAUCAGCUGGUCAUUGCUAACAUAGACCAAACAGAUUUUGAAGGGUUCUCUUACGUCAACCCCCAGUUCGUACAUCCCCUUUUACAAAACGUAGCGUGAAACAGCAGACCAGGAACAAAUCCUGCAGUGGGGAACGGUCCUCAACCCUACAAUUUUUAGGCUUUUGCCUUGUUGAUUCCAUUUGGGCCUGGAAAUUGUAGGGUUAGAAAGUGUAAGAUGGGGGAAAGGCCACUUCUUCAGGAUUUUGGCGUUAGAACAGCGAUGUUGUCUUAAUGGGAGAUAAAUUAAUGUGCGGUGCCCACUUAUUCUUCUAGAAGUCACCACUGACUUGUCUAAACUUACCCAUUUUUUGGUACAUUAUAUAUUUCUGUAGCUCCCCGGUGUCCUUUUGCUCCCUUUUCCACUCUGCUGUGUUAGAAAUAGUCUAACGCGCAGUCUGAAAAAAUACCAACAACCCAAGCUGGAAUAUUUAGUGCCGUGGUGCGGAUGCUGGGAGGUCGGAGCCCCGGGGGACCGCUCCUCCCCGCUCUGCCCGGUGGCUUCGGGGGGAUCAGCAGCACACGAGACUGAAACGGCACCCUGAAACGGCACCGGGGAGGAGAGGCGUUGCAAAGAGACACGGUUGAAAGUAGUCGUUUGGAAAAUACAAGAGAAGCAAGUUGGGGGCGGGGGGGGGGGGGCGGGGGAGGGGAUAAAAUCCAAUUCGCCCCUGCGGCUUGGUGAACCCAUCCUGUGAGCAACACCAGGCUUAAGCACACUUCAGCGGUGGCCAGAUCUCUAGGAUCUUCGCUAAGUAGCAUGUGAUAAACUCAAGGGUGAAAUUUUGUCUUUAAUAAAAAUAAUAAUAAUAAUAAUAAUAGUAAUAAUUUUAAUAACAUUUUUGUGAAUUUUAAUCUCCAUGAGAUUAUUCUGUGAUCCAGGGUGCCAUUGUUUGUUCAGUUAAUUUAAUUUACGCCACUCCUCAAGUUUACUGUUAACUGGUUCUAAUACCAAUAUCUUACUAUGAAAUUUGUUAACCUGGAAUGUCAACCAAAACUGUAAUCCCUUAAAUAUUCUUUACGUGUGUUUAUUUAUAGUCUUCACUAUAGAGCAGUAAAUCUACAAAAACAUUCUAUAUAAUAAAUUAACAAAAAAAGCAGCGCCAGGUGACUUCCUGAUUUCUCCAGAAUAACUCAUGAAAAUCAAGCGAGAUUUAGUCUUAAAAUAAUCAGUUUUAAUUCAGAAAACUUGGGGCUGUAGAAUAAUCGAGCCUGAAAGAAGAAGCACCUAAAACUUGUUUUAUUGACAGAAUGGAAUUUAAUACAUUUUACAUAUGCUUCAUGCAAUGAAUUUUGCAUGUUUAGUAAUAACUCUUAAUAAUAAGGGUUAAUAAUAAGCAGAUCUAUAUUAUUGACAUAAUCGUAUCAAGCAUAAAGAGUAUUAUAAAAAUUUUAUAAAACAAAUUGUGCUUUAUUUGUGAAAGUUCUUGUUCUGAAUGACAUCAUUUAGACUUAGCUAAAUGUUUUUAUUGCUAUUGUUUUGGGUUUUACUUUAGGUUUUGGAUAUUGUUAAUGGCUUAGGGUAUAAUCUCUUUUUUUUAAAGUAGAUCUACUUUUAAACGAUAAUUGCUACCUGCAGGUUUUAUACGAGGUUCAAUUAGGCUUUCAUUUCACGUCUGCUUAUUACUUACAGAGAAGGAAAUAGACUUUAUUUGCAAUGAUGAACACUGUAAUUAAUGCAAUCUUCUCCUCUCCUAUCACUUAGAUAAAAAAUUUUGAUAUUUCCUCUUAUGACUUACCGGAAGAUAUUAAUUCAAAUAUCAGUAAAUAUUUUUUGUGCAUAUUUUGGUUUUGUUACAGCAUGUAAAAUAGUAGGCAGUGCAUUUUCCUUUUUUUUUUCCCUUCUGCCUUGUUAAUGUUAGCAGCCGUAGGCACUUUUGUCUGUCAGAUGUGCAUGACGACGCCAGGAGCAUGAUGUCUCUGUUGCUGCAUGCAGACUGAUUACAAUUUUUCCAGCAUGUAAACAUACUCAAAAAGUAAGAUAUUUGCCAUAAAAGACUUAAAUUUAUACUAGAAUAUGUAACUGGGGGGGGGGGAGGGGAAUUUACUUUCUAACCAUCUUUUAUGACAAUAAAACAUGGAACCUGUGCCAAAGAUUCUGAUAGAAGGAUGCAGUCCUGCCGAUGGGUACCGGGGGGUGCGUUUGACUGUCGGGGGUGACCCAUCGGAGCGGGACAGUUUUUGGGUGAAACGCGGUGGGAUAUGAACGGCCACUGUGUCGUGUGUCUGCGCCCGUGGAGCCCUCCGCGGACGUAUUUUUAGGACGCACAGUUUGUGCCACUGCAGAAGUUUGGCUUCUGCCCGGUGGUGGUCCUUCGGCAGCCCCAGUUCGGAGCCAGGAGCAUCUCCCCGGGCGAGGGUGAGCCGGCAUUAAUUGGCGAACCCGGCGGUGCGGGGGCAUGGGGAAACACCCGGCUAACGAGGGGCAUUGACCAACUGACAAGAACUCAGACUGUUGCCUAAAUACACAGAACUCAAAAUUUAUAAACCAUUUUAGGAGUAAAAUUUGCAAACCAUUCUGUGUCAAAUAUGUUCUCAACCAACUCUGGGAGUUCAUUUUCUUGUUUGUGUAUUAUGUACUUUAAAAAUUACGGUAUUCACCAUAAAGCAUGUGGACUAGUGCAGCAUUCAUGACUAUUUCUGUUUUUCUGACUAUUAUUGGCCUGCCGUAGUUAAGGAAAAUCUGGGUAUCAUGCUGUAGAAGGUAAUAGAUUCAACUGAUUACUGAGGCUCGGAUUUUUGAUAAAUAAGGGGCUCUCAAGUAAGUAAAUCUGCAGAGAGGCGGCGUUACAUGUGUUUUAAGAGUGUAAAGUAAAAAAGAGACUUUUGAAAAAGGAAAAUGCAGAGAGAAAUUCCAGCGCCCAGGUUUUUUCAGGAGGAAAGGGGCGCAGGGGCAGAACCGAGCCAGGGGCAGGCAGGAGAUCCCACGGGCAGACAUCCCAAACGGUUCUAGUUUUCCUGACGAAGUACGAAUUGUGCAGGGAGGUCCUGUUGCGGGCAGUUGUCGCUGGCACGGCUGUGUCGGCCGGUGCUGGUCGCACCAGAACACGGCGUUAAAGGGCUGCUCCAACACCUGGGCAGAGCUGCUCGUUUUCUUGCUGCUUUUCAUAACCAGUUUCUUAGGCCCUUGCGUUUGUUCCCCAGAUUUUCUGAUGUAGAAGCAGAAAUUCCUCUUUAACGUUGUUACCUCGAGUCCCUCGGCUUGCGACAUCUCACAUCGUCUUCUGCAGGUGUCUGUGCCGCUUACGAAAAGGUACCGUGAACUCCUGGGUCCUGCAGGAACAAGACAGGGGUGUAUCAGGCAGGGACUGUGUUGCUCUGCCUGAUGCAGUGUGUGAUGCCUGAUGCGUGUGAACGCUCACGCUUGGGCCAGCCCGUUAAUGAGAACUCCAGGUGGCUUGCUUAUCACCCAGAAAUGUAUAAUGGCGAGUAAGACCUUGAGCAUCCAGCAAGCAUUUUCAUAUCUUUUUAAAUACAGAUGUUAUUUAUAUAUUUUUCACGAGAUGUGGGUUUCUAGAGAAAACAGCGGGAGAGGCACUGGAACUGCGUUUCUUUCCCUGGUGUUCAGCAGCAGCCGUAAUCCGAACACCCACGUCAUCCCAAAGAUUUCUAAAAGUCAAAUUGAAAGUCACAAUAUGCUGGAGCUGGGGUGGAAGCUUUGGGAGCCGUGUUUCCCUCCCACGUGUGCUCAAAUCCCGAGGGGCUCCGGAGCAGCCCCGUUCCCGCUGGCACAGGUCUGCACGUAAAACUUCCAAGCUGUUUCAGGGCUUAGAUGGGACAUAACUGUCUCCUGGGCAAAUUUCUUUGUUAGGUGGGCAUCCAGGUGUUUUUAUCCAGCUUCGAGUCACUUGGGCGGGGUGGUGGGUUCCCAGGACAGCCACUUCGCCGCCGGCCAGUCCUGGGGCUCUUAGAGGAUUGCACAUACGUGAGAAGGAGAGAGCACAGUCCCAUAACAAAAUAGCCCCCUCCAUCCAAUUUAGAAGAGAAAUGCAAUUUAGUUUUCUGAUCCUUCAUUCUUUCCAGAAAUACAGUUGAAUUUCCUUUUACAAGCUGAAGGAAGUUCUUCUGGAAAUCAGCUGUUAGUUUAAAAGAAACUCAGCGUAUCUAAAUGCUGUUGGCCUUUGAAAUCUGUCCUGUCUUUCGGGGUGAAUUCAGUUGAAUAAUGCUGGUCUCCUGUAAAAUUAAUAAGGUCAAGUGAGAGAGGAACUUGUCUUCUAGCCGGAAAGAUGACGUGUCCAAGGGCCAGGAUUGGGUGGUACCACUUGCAAACUCUGUUUUCUCAGUCGGUGCAUCCGGAUGCAAUCCCAGUUGCGUGCCAUGGGAGACGCAUGCCAUUAGCGGAGGGGGAAGAUCCUCCUCGUUAAGCAAAACACGCCAUUGGAAAUAAUAAUUUUCCAAUACUAAAGCUUUGAUAUUGAGUAGAAAGCGUAUUUACAGUAUUGAGUUUACAGUGGGCUUUCGGACCUGCCACGAGACUUCUGGAAACAUUUAAUGUGAUUUUUGGUACUUUUAGUCAUAAAUUCUUGUACGUAGGUUUUGUCUCUUUGCUAACGUGUCAGCUCUAGGCGACGUGUUCCUUGUGCUGUUCUGUAGGGAAGCGCUCAGCUGCCAAGCAGUAAAAACACAGAGAAGCUAAAGCACUUUUUUCUUCAGCUCUACACUCUUAGAUGGGAUCUGAAGUAGUUCAGUUGAAGAAUUAAAGAAGAAUUGACUCCAUAAACAUGUAUGAUUCCAUACCGACCGGUAUCCGUGCCAGUAGCGCUUGGUAAUUAAAUAGCCUUAUAAUGAAUAAUCGUCAUGCACUACAGCCCUCCUGUUCCUAGGAAACCCUUGAGAGAGAGGGCAAGUUAUGGACCUCUCUGCCUCAGUUACCUCAUCUGUAAAAUGGGGGUAAUAAUACUUACUUACCUCACAGGGAGGUGUGAGGACUUCUUAGGUAAUGUUUCUAUUACACUUUUAACCUGAAAAGAGUUGUGUAAGUAUUAUUAUAAUUUUUAAUAUUAAAUCAGGUUAUUUGAGUCACAUGGUAUUGCUGGAUAUACCGUGCUAUUUCUACUUUUUUAUAGAACUUUAGUAAUUCUGCUGAAACCGUUUAAAGAGAAAUAAAAUCAGAUCUGAUAUGUUUCUUACAGGAUCUGGAGUCCGGCUUUUGUUAACUGGAGUCAGGGUGCGGUGGGGAGUGCUGUUGCUGAUUGUGUAGGUCAGCUGCACUUACCCCUUUUCCACUUCCUGAGAUUUCUAUGUGCAAUUUAAAAAUUCCAUGUCAAUGGAAGUCUGAGCAGAACUGGUUAUUGUAGGGUGGGAUUUCCUAUGGGUAAAUAAAGUCAGCACAGCGGUUUUCUAGUAACGUUUAUACUGACUCCUGCUGAAGGAGAAGCGAUGUUCUUUCUGCAGCUGGUCCAUCCAUGGCUGGUUUAUUCCGUUGGUAUUUAAUGUAUUCCUGUGCCGUAUAUCUCCAUGCUUUUCUUUUCCUUGCGUGUGACGCCAUAGUUCAAAUUUAAAAGAAAAUUGCCCUAGAAGCUGUGAUUUUUCUUCCAUUGAUAUCAGUUGACAAAAAAAAAAAAAUAA